AGAAAACUCACCGGGGCACAGAGCUGGAUUGGAGCCAUUCUUUGAUUUUAUUGUGUCCAUUAAUGGUUCAAGAUUGAAUAAAGACAAUGACACUCUCAAGGACCUGUUGAAAGCAAAUGUUGAAAAACCUGUAAAAAUGCUUGUGUACAGUAGCAAAACACUAGAACUGAGAGAAACAUCAGUGACCCCCAGCAACAUGUGGGGUGGACAGGGCCUGCUGGGUGUCAGCAUUCGUUUCUGCAGCUUUGACGGGGCCAAUGAAAAUGUGUGGCACGUUUUGGAAGUGGAACCAAAUUCUCCUGCUGCUUUAGCUGGACUCAGACCUCAUAGUGACUAUAUCAUUGGAGCAGAUACAGUCAUGAAUGAGUCUGAAGAUCUCUUUUCCCUCAUUGAAACACAUGAAGCAAAGCCAUUAAAACUUUACGUGUACAACACAGAUACAGAUAAUUGUCGGGAAGUAGUGAUUACUCCAAAUUCUGCUUGGGGUGGAGAAGGCAGUCUAGGGUGUGGCAUUGGUUAUGGAUAUUUGCAUAGGAUACCUACACGCCCAUUUGAAGAGGGAAAGAAAAUUUCUCUUCCGGGACAGAUGCCUGGUACAUCUCUCAGUCCCCUCAAAGAUGGCUUUACAGAGGUUCAGCUGUCCUCAGUUAAUCCUGCGGCCACAUUACCCCCCGGCUCAGCAGGCCUGGAACAGAGUCUGUCAGGACUUUCUAUUAGUUCACCCUCCACUACUGUCAGUAACGUUCUCAGUACAGGUGUUCCAACAGUUCCAUUAUUACCACCGCAAGUCAGUCAGUCCCUUACCUCUGUGCCACCAGUUAACCCAGCAACUACGUUACCAGGUCUGAUGCCAUUACCAGCAGGGCUUCCCAACCUGACCGAACUGUCCAAACUUAAUUUACCGGCACCACACAUUGUUCCAGAAGUCAUACAGCCUGGUUUGCCACCCCUUCCCUCCUUGCCACCUCUGAAUCUAAUGGGAAUAACACCUAUGUCAGUGCCCCCCAAUUGUGUUCCUCUGCUUCCUUUGGUCACAGAGGCAUCUACAGUGCCUACAGAUUUGCUUCCCUCCAUUACUCAAGCUGGAAGCUUUUCCGUCGACCCCGGCCCUACUGUCAAUGUAGAACAGACCCCUACACUCUCCUUGGAUAGCGCUGCCCCAACCUCUAAGGCAACUGUUGUUGACAAAUCAAGUGAAUCCUGUACAGUUAAUGAGAAAACAUCUGGAGUCCCAGAUACACAAGCUUCUGAAUCAUAACUCCAGGUCACUCUGUUGGAUUGGCUUGGUAUUUAUUUAGCCAUGGGGUACAUAUUUGAAGAGCAAGCUAUCAUUAAUUUCAUACUAGUUUGUACUUAAUCUUUAGGAGUCCUGUAAAUAAUAUGGAGGUAAAAUAAAAAUAAAGGGGGGUUUAUAAAGUACAUGUGGUGGGAAGGGAGGAAGAGUACUUGUAUGUAACCAAAAAAAAAAAAAAGUCAAGAUGGUAAAUAGAAUUCCACUGCCAAACUCGGAGGUAUAUGCUUUUAAUAUAGGCUCGACAGCCUUAGCCUGCUCGGCCUGUCCUUGCUUAUAAUUAGCAGUUUUUGCUUCUGAUAGAAAUGAAGCAGAUCUUGCGUGUGACAUCUACGUACCAUAGUCCUUGUUCUUUGCAAGUAUCUUGUUACUACAGUGGGGAUGAGAAUGUUUCGUCUGAGUUGUAAAUUUUAACACUGCAAAACGUCCACCUAAAGAUAUUUCUAUUAAAGUUGCUGAGUGACCUGUUAACUGACAUCUCGUUAUUCAGCUUGUACACGAAUCUUUAUUUUUAAGCUCUUGAGAGAUGCUCAAGCCAUGUUUUGUGACUGCUGCUGCUGCGUUGUUCCAUACACCCACUGUAAAAUGGCAUUUGGAAGGGAAUACAAGAAAUGUUCAAUGUAGCACACGAUUUGGCACUUCAUGACUUCUGUAAGAUGAAUUAGUGGAUUAAGCAUACAUACAGCAAUAAAUUCCUGGAAUU